CUUUCGUAAAGAAUCUCCGGUGGACGAAGCAAAUGUCUUCUCAAGUCGGAGCUUUACCAAGUCGAGCAAGACUAUGAAGAAAGAGAAAAUGCUGUCGCUUUGGAUAGCUGCGCGCGCGGUCUGGUCUCUCCAGGAAGGUAUCUAUUCCGUCGCUAGCCGUAAGCAAACUCGACUGGAGAUGAGAAUGGCUUCCUUCGCUUUUCUCGGCGGAAACCCCAAGAUCCCACAAUCAACAGCGGAAAGAGAUCGCCAGGCUAUUGGCGCAGUGAAGGCUGCAAUUGUUUCACCACGAGCACCCUCCUGCGGGCUUAUUGAAUGCGAAUUUCCUACUCUGAGCGCUCUCAAUAAAAUGGGCGACGGAUCAUUACGGUCAGCUAAUGAAGUGGACCAGGCAAACAUAGAAUUUGUGUCUAAGCUAUUCCGGGCGAUUUCUCCUCCUCUUCCUUUCUUGGGCCCGAGAACAUGGCUUAUAAUCAGCUCUGCUGCGAGCAGUAGCUUUUGUGAGAAGGCCGCUAAAGCCACAGGGGGUGCUGAUUCAACAAUUUACUUGAAAGAAGGCAUACCUAGUAUUGGCGGCCGUGAUGUGUGCGUUCUCGUGUCGCCUUCGAUAUCUAAAGACUACGAGAUUGCCAAACGACUCGUCAGCAACGGGAAUAAAGUGGUUAUAGUAAAUGGGUUGGCCAAGGACCAGAAGAGUAUUCCCGAAAACGCGACUAUGGCAUUCUUUCUGAAACCCUUGACAUAUAAUUCGCAAGUGGCUGGCUACCUUGUACGAAUUUAUCCUGGAGCCUGGACAGCCCUUGACGCGGCAAGCGGAGCCACACUUGGAACAUUUAGCGAUACCGAAAUACUAGUUCCCGGGACAAACACCCCAGACCUCCGGGCUGCGGUGCGACAAGUGCAAACUUGUGUUGAUGAACGUGCCAUCAAGGCAAGACAAUCCAGUUAGAGGAAGAGCGAUAACAUUUUGCUAC